UACUUUCGUGGAUGGAUCCGCUGAAUGUCAGUGGAUGAAAUGGCCGGAUAUAACGUCGAGUUGUAAGUCCUUAAUCACAUAGAAGGUUACCCUGGGAACCGUAAUGAUGGCGCCGCUCUCUGCUGUCACUGUGCUGCUGGUAUCAACGCUAUGUUCAGGUGUUCCAACCGCUCCUACCAGACUGAAAGCGUUAAGUAUCUCAGCUGUGGAAGAGGGCGGAUUUGUCAAAUACUCAAUCCUCUACGAGAGUCCCACUCAGGCGGAAGCUGCAUGGAAAUAUGGAGAUUUGAUAUAUGACUCAGCCACGGAUACGUUCAGUAAGGGUCAAGGACAGUCGGAGCUGGUUGUCAGGAACCCAGUGUAUGGUCUGUUCGUGUCUCUGAAACUGAGAGGUUCCAUGACGGAAUAUUACUACGUGUUUAAUGAAAUAGAUGGGGACCUGGCCGUGUCAGAACCUUCCAUUCGAUUUUCACCCGAUCCCAUUUCCUACACCCCGGGUGAGCCAUUCGACAUGUCCGUGGAGAUCGAGAUAGAGGACGCGGACCUGUACAGAAGGCCAGACAUUGGGUGGUUUUUCGUUGGAAUCAAUGGCACUUCUACCAACCCACCUGUCCAAGUAAUUACCCCAUAUGACUCACUUGGUGGAAGGUUAGGGAGGACGUUCCGUCAUUCCAGAGAUGCCACCAAAACCGUUGCGUCAUCUCGUCUCACCCUGUCGUCAGAAGAAGGGCUGGUGUUUGUGUAUGGUAUGUUUCAAAGCGGGGGUUAUCUGCCCACCGUUGGCUUGACAGAUGUCGCCUACGUCAAGCAGAGAGGUCACGUGGGACCGUUCCCCGCUGAUUUUGUCGGAGUCUACUCGCUCUCAGAUGUAUUUGGGGCAGCGAAAGAUUGUCAUCAAUAUUCCUGCAGUAUCGAAUGUAACGGCGUGGGGACAGACAUCGUGAAUGUUGAACUGCGCAAGGGAAGACACGGACCUUCUCUGGAACCUGUUCUGUCCACAAGUAGCGAGUACGUACAGUGGAGAGAGUUCCAGAUAGCUCCGGUAACUCGGGCAGAUCAGGGAACUUACUUUUGUACCGCUACAGGCCGGAACGGGAAGACGGCGGAGAGGCAGAUCAAUGUGAACGUUUCCAGGAAAUAAUCACAACCAUCUAUCUCAUUAAUACUGCUUAACAUGUUGGUCUUGUCAAAAUUAGAACGUUCGUUGAACACUUGAAACUUUUGAAAUAAACUUCUUUCAAGUCCUUC